AUGGUGGUCUUGAAGCGAAAACAUUCCGAUUCGAACGGUCCUCGCCUAAGAGCGGAGCGCAGUACCUCCGAGGAGGAGGAGAUCCAAGGAGAAGAGAGGUUGAAGAUGGACGAAAUGAAAAUGUGUCUAAAACGAACGAUCGAAUUUUAUGAUCGGCCGAAGCGAGCGAAACGAGUGGGAGUGCUCAGUUUCGCGGAUCUCAAACCCUUCUGCAUGGAGAUGCUGAUUGGGUUCAUGAAAGAAAAGAAUCUGCUUAAAGUUGCGGUAAGUUGAAAUUUUUUGGAAUUCUGAUGGCUAAAGUAAUAUCGAAAAAAAAUUGCAGAAAACAAGAAAUUUUUGAGCGUUGUGGAAUGAUUGCAAUCUAAAUUUAGUUUCUUAUAAAUUUGCAUUGAACUGAGAUCACAAAAACAAAUUUUAUGCACAGUGCAAAAGAAAUGUUUUUCGCACAGUGCAAAAAAAUUUGAUUCCACGGUGCAAAAAAAAUUUCUACGCACAGUGCAAACAAAAAAUUUCUAUGCACAGUGCAAAAAAAAUUUGUGCAAAGCGCAAAAAAAAUCUCAAGACUGUUUAUCAAAUAAAUAUAUUUACCAAUUUCUUCUAAGAAUACUCUUCAGCUAGUAAACAACCGUCAUUUCAACGCGGUAAAAUUCUGUUUCCGCUCCAAGCCUUGCCUCAAUUUCUACCCCAACUCUUGCAAACAGUGUCUUUCCCGUGAGCCUUGCGCCAACAUCACCUCCUUUCGUUGUGGCCAUAAAAUCAUCCACAAAAUGGACAAGUGGAUGUCGAUUUUGAAGUUGGGGAUUGUUCGGCCGAGCACGAUCUACGUGUGCUCGCUGAUUGUACCGAGAAGUGUGAGGAUGGCGAUGCAUGGGUUUCGGAAAAUCAUCGGCGAGGUUAGAUCUCGUAAGUUUUAGGGGGAUUUAUAGGGAAACCUCUGCAAAGCAAAGUGCGACGCUCAGAUUUUGAUGAAACUUGGCACAAAUUUAGAAUGGUUUUUUAUAAAACAUAUGCGAGAUUUCUAGCAUGCGUUUUGCAGAAACGACUGAGAUUUUAGGUCAAAAGCUGGAAAAAUGUAAAAAUUUUUUUUGCGAAUUUUGGCAGGUAAAGCUUCAUACCCAUUUGUACUUCAUAGAGUAAUGUUUCCACAAAAAAUCAAUUUUUUCUGCGCAAAACUGGCAAAGAUAUGACCAAAAAUCUCUGUCAUUUCUGCAAAACGCGAGCUUCUUUUGCCAAAGUCAUCCAAACCUAAGCAUCGUACUUUGUCCACUUUUCCUGUCAGUUCAUAAAUUCCGUCUGCCUUUCUGUCCUUCAAAACAUCUUUAUUAAUUUUUAAAAACAAAUACAUUGUAUUAUUUUUUCCAGCAAUAACUCGAAUCUUCAUAAACGUCUCCAACGAGGAGCACUACCAGAAGCCAUUGCGGGAAUUGCUCUUGCGCAAUCGGGACUCCAUUCAACUUAUUCACAUUCGCAACUCCACCAAAGAGGAGUCGAGGCUGUACUUCGAGGACUUUGCCGAGUUCUACAAGUUCGGCGCCGAAGACUGGUUCCAAACUCGGUCGCCCCGCGUCUUUCAAGAACUGAAUCCGAGUAGAUAA